CAUUGUCGGUGAAUUUGUUGUGUCAUUUAUCAUUUCUGUCAUGUUGAACAAGCAUUGUCAAAUGUUCAUUGUUCUUUGAAAUAUUAAUAACAAAUUAGAAAGUUUAACAAAUGUGUAGCGAGUAACAACUAAAUGCUAGAUUGCUCUAAAGAAAUUCACGUGCUGGACACUAACAUGUUCUUUCAAAUCUCAAUUGUUUCAAAAUCAUGAUGGAGGUAGUUACCCACUCUAUUUGUAAAUAAAGUCGAGAUAUUCUGACAAAACAAACAUGGGUAAUUGUUUCAAGAGGUCUACAACAGAUGAUAUUUCUCUUUUAAGAGGGACUGAUAGUGUUAGAGAAACAUCCUCAGAUCCUGUAGGACCGCCAAGUUACCAGGAGGCAUUAUCAGUUCAGAGCACGCCACCUUUGUAUCAUCCCUCUCCAAGUGUUACUCGGUCAGUGACGCAACUAACCGAAGAGGAGCAGAUAAAAAUCGCAAAAAGAAUUGGACUGAUUCAACACCUACCAACUGGAAAAUACGAUGGAUGCAAAAAAAUCAGAGAAUGCGUUAUAUGUAUGGGCGAAUUUAUGGUUGGCGACGCAUUACGUUACCUUCCGUGCAUGCACACUUACCAUGUGACAUGCAUAGAUGAUUGGCUUAUGCGUAGCCUUACAUGUCCCAGCUGUAUGGAGCCUGUAGAUGCAGCCUUACUGACUAGCUAUGAGACCAACUGAUGACGGCCAGUGCCUUGUUUAGUUUAACAUUUUAACCCGCUGGUUCGGUUCUAUUUUGCAGGAUUAGCCAUGCAAUAUGGCAUAUUGUAACCAUCAUGAGAGGGACUGCUUGUUAGCUUUGUUGUGAGAGGCAAUCCUGCUCUGGUGAUACUAGUUGCCUUUCUGAAUCGCGUUAACACUCCUAUCGUGCUAUUAUACAUAUACCUUAACUAAGGUUUACUCUCUUAUGUUACUAGAUAUUUUAAUUAUCUUUAGUUGCUCUAUUUUAAUCCAGUGAUAGGAUUUUAAAAUUCCUUACUUACUAUCUCCCAAGCGUAGAAGAGGCAUGCUUUUGAAGAUUUUUAUUUAAAUCUGAAAUAUACUUAAUACUUACUGAAGGCAUAACUUACGGGACACCCUGGUUGGAACUGAACAAUAGUAAAUACAAAAUACCAGCGAAACACUACAACAUAUUCCAAUAGCUUGAACCAUUAAGUGCUUACCUCACACCGAUUUUUUAGUUCAUAACUCUCUGUAUUGUCAGUCACAUUUCGUGGCUUUGUUCAGUGAGAUCAGAUUUAUUCAAUUCGUUUUGCUUCGGAUGAACAGGUUCGAAUAAGGUGUAACUUACUAUUUUAUUUGUUGAUUUUACUCUUAGACGCUAAGGUUGUGAUUUAAUUUUCGGGAUACUUUCGAUUUAUGAAUUUGAAAAUUUGGUAAAACUUAUGGAUUUCGUCUUAAUAAAUUUGAUAGACAAAACUGUGAUCUGUAAUUUUCGUCUUGAAUGAAUGCAUCAUUUUUGCCUGGCUGUGAAUUUUGUGAAGCUUGAACGUAUUCAGAUGGUUUCCAAAUUCCCUGCUUUAAAAUGCCGAUAUUAAUUCGAUUAGUUAGCACUCAUAAAGGUAUGUACAUACUUUUUAAACUUCAUAUAACUGCAAGAAGUUUUUAUAACAAUGAUAAAUGUAAAUAUUUGCGUAACCUUUUGAAUAUACUCGAGCUUGGUGGAGAUUAUUCUACUUAUAAAGUUUGUAAUGGGAAUUCAUUGUACAGUGGAAGGAACAAUUUUAUUUGAUAUUUAGUCAACAAUUUUUUGUGUCAAUUAGGAUUUCUAAAAGCGCAUAAUUUGAAAAAACUGGACGUCUGAAAAAUGAAUGGUGAGCAUGUCACUGUUUUCUUCAUGCAAUUCCUUAGUUUAUGCCAUAUCCAAAUAUAGCUUCCCAUUCAACAAAAUUAUAUUCCAAGAAUUACAUCUCCAACAAUAGAGCCCGUACAUUAAUUUUUUUUGGAGACUUUGCCUUCGAUACGUGUGACUAACGAGGAUUUUUAGUCACAAAGUAUCGGUGUUCUUCGUUGGUUAUCUAACAUAAACAUAGCUCAAUGCGAAUUUAACAGAAUUUUAAUUCUGAACGGUUAUUUCGGUUUUCCGUCAGCCAAAUUCUUGUACAAACAACCGUUCAGUUCUGAUUGUGCAGUCAAUUGUUUUAGUGUUCGUUAAAUUUGGUCAUUAAGCAUGAAUUUAACCAAUAAAUACUCAAGAAAUUUGAUGAUGAGUGGCAUCACUGUAAGUACUGCAAAUAUUUUUUCCGUCAAGGGAAAAUGAUCAGCGAGUAAAUAACGUUAAUAACUAAUAACAUGUUGUGGCAAUAAAGUUUGAGAAUUUAUCGUCCAAAACUGGCAUAAUGUAAUUUUCAAAUAUGCGCAUUUUGAAAUUCUAAUUACGUAUCCGAGCCUUUCCCAAAAAAAUAGCCUACUAAAUUUCAAACGAAUUGUUUCUUUCAUCACGACCACAUCGUCGUUGCGAAUUGGUUGAAUAUUUACAAAGUGUAAAUACUAAUUGCACAGUUCUAAGUACAUAUUAGUCAUUUGUUAGUGGUGAUAUCUUGAUCAAUAUACAUAUAAAAUACGGUGAUCAACAUCUCGGUAUUGAUGCAAUUAUUUUUUUAUAUUUUGAUAAUCAGGAUUGAUCGAAUCCUGAUUGACCCGAGGAGUCAGUCAUAAUGUCUAUUGACUGGUUUUCAACUAUAGGUAGAUGUUAACGUCCAUUUGAAUAUAGAAAUGUUUUAUUUUUGUUAGAAUCCGUUUUUGCCUUCCGGUAUUUCCGUAUAACCGCUCGUAACAUGAAAACGAAACGAAGAAAAUAAUGGCCAAAUGGCAAGUUUUGUGUUAUCUUAUAAUGUUUCCAUGUAAAUACGUUACGUAUGUGUAGAAAGCCCAGAGGGUUAAAACAAUUAAGCACUUUAGAAAUGGAAAAUGUUUAUCAGUAAUUUUUUCAGUAAUGUAAUGGUUUUAGCAUAUUCAUUAGUUUUGGUUUAUAUUUAGUUUAGCAUUUGGCUGAUCGCAAUAUUCAAAUGCGCAAAUCAGCUUUGAUUUAGUAUCGGAUAUUAUUAUUUGUUACCAAUCUAUGCAUAUAUGUAAUUAAUAUACCAACUAUGAACGAUUGAGAAAAGUCCUGUGUAACAAUCACGAAUAUCAUAUGUUUAUUUGCA